GGACAUGCAGCGGGAUUUAAAAUCUCCAGACGGAUGAAGUUUGACAUUGGCUUAAAGAUGCAGUGGACCCAAGAGCAUGCGCAGUGGGCCGAGCAACAUUUUGACAUCUCAUCCACCACACGUUCCCCCGCACAUAACGCAGAAGCAUACCGCGGACACCUGCAGCGGACCUACCAGUACGCUUGGGCCAAUGAUGAUAUAUCUGCCCUGACGGCCUCCAACCUUCUGAAGAAGUAUGCUGAGAAGUAUUCUGGUAUCCUGGAAGGUCCCAGUGAGCGGGCACUCCUGUGUUCAUACUCUGAGAGUGCUCCAGGACUAUUGAAUGGACACAAGUCGGAAAGUGAAGCUUGGCAGGAGGGGAUCUACCCAAUGAGCUGUUCAGCAGAUGUGGUGUCUGCAAGUAAAACUGGCAUGACGCCUGCCCUGCCUCCACCAGAUGUGACGGCAAGUGUCGGCAGCUCCACAGGAGUGGCGAGUAGCCUGAGCAAGCCCAGCUACUCCAGCAGUAACUGUGUAAAUCACACCCCUGGUGCACUCCACUCGGGAAUCCCGUCUCAGGAAUUCGCUAGUAGUUAUAACGGCUCAUACUUGCAUUCCACUUACAGCGGCGGGCAGAGCACGCCAGCGCUCCCAUCCCCGCACCCCUCACCUUUGCACAGCGCUGGGCUUCUUCAGCCUCCGCCUCCAACCCUGGUGCCCAGCUAUAACGCAAGUUCCCCGAAUCUAUCCAGUUACAACUACCCUCCAGCAGGCUAUCCCUCACAGACUGCAGUUGCCCCAGGCUACAGCCCAGGGGGAGCACCCCCACCUUCAGCUUACUUGCCCUCAGGCAUUGCCGCCCCCACUCCCCUACCCCCUUCAACUCUCCCUGGGUACUCUUACCAAUCCCACAGCCAUGCACCAAUUGCACCGACACCUUUGAAUGGCAGCUCAGCCAACACACUGAAAAGAAAAGCAUUUUACAUGACAGGCCAGGGAGAUAUGGACUCCAGUUAUGGAAAUUUCAACUAUAGCCAGCAGCGUUCUGCCCAAAGCCCAAUGUACAGAAUGCCAGACAACAGUCUUGUUGACUCAACCAGAGGGAAUGGAUUUGACCGGAAUGCUGACACAUCAUCGUUGGCGUUCAAGCCCACAAAGCAGUCAAUGCCUUCGGAUCAGCAGCGAAAGUUCAGCAGCCAAUCUGGCAGGGCGCUGACCCCUCCUUCUUACGGAUCCUCCAAAGGCUCCAUAGGAUCCCUUCGAUCAGGCGAGUCCUUUGGGAAGUUUGGCUCCCCCAUUUUGAGUGACCACAGUGACGAAAACAGACAUUUCCCCCAUUCCAUUGGCACGGCAACUUCGUCCAGCCACCCCGCUGAGGAACAGUUGAAAAACAGCGAUGCAAGUUUGGUCGAUAUUGUCACCACAGAGAUUCUGCAGCAGACGCCCCCUGUGGACUGGAGUGACAUCGCUGGUCUGGAGAUGGCAAAGGCCACGAUAAAAGAUGAGGUCCUGUGGCCUAUUCUGAGGCCAGACUUGUUGAGUGGAAUGGCUGCAUUACCUCGCAGCAUCCUUCUCUUUGGACCUCAGGGCACAGGUCGGACUCUACUUGGUCGUUGUAUGGCCAGUCAGCUUGGCGCUGCUUUCCUUCUUCUUAGUGGCUCCGCAUUGGUAACAAAAUGGCUAGGCGAGGGUGAAAAGAUUGUUCAGGCCUCAUUCCUGGUCGCUCGCUGCCGGCAACCCUCGGUGGUUUUUAUUAGCGAUGUAGAUCUGCUGUUGUCUGCCCAGUUGAGUGAAGAAAGUCCUGUGAACCGAAUCAAGAGUGAGCUGUUCCUUCAACUCGAUGGAGUUCUUAGCUCACCAGAGGAACAUGUUAUAGUGGUAUGUUCCACCAGCAAACCGGAAGAGAUUGACGAGUCUCUACGAAGGUACUUUGUAAAGCGGUUGCUUGUUCCAUUACCGGAUGCCACUGCACGACACCAGAUAAUCAGCCAGCUGCUCUCACAGCACAACUACUGCCUCAGUGACAAGGAGGUUGCACUGCUUGUUCAGCGGACAGACGGUUUCUCUGGCCUUGAUGUGGUCCGACUUUGCCAGGAGGCCAUGGUUGGUACUCUCCAUGGCAUGUCGGGCACAGACCUUUCAGGAAUGAUGCCAGGUCAGAUGAGACCAGUGUCAUACCAAGACUUUGAGAAUGUGUUCUGCAAAAUUCAGCCAAGCAUAUCGCAGAAAGAACUUGAUACAUACACUGAAUGGAAUAAGAUGUUCGGGUGUAGUCAGUAAAGAGUUAGGGCACAGAAAAAUCUGCGGGGUGACCUCCCCUGCU